UAUCAUACAGCAAACAUUCCUUCAUGCACUGACGUCGGAUCUCGGCUUGCACAUAAUGCAAAUAUAUAAGAAACUAAAGUACUAGCUCUAUGUUGACCUCUGUGAAAAUUACUUGACGGAAAGUGGCUUAGCUCUAUUCCCAGAGUUGAUGUUGCCAUACUACGAGCCUCGAGCAGUGACAACACCCCCGUGCCUGAACCUAGAUGUCCAUAAAACACAAGCUGUGAUGUUACCUGAAUAUUUAUAAAAUCUGAAGUGAUAUCUGAGGAAAAUAAUGGGAUCCAAGUGCUCCUGCAUGAAACCAGAGUCCUCAGCCUUGGGGGAUACUACCAGAGAGCUACAAUACAUUAUCAUAAACUAGUGUGGUGAAGAGGAUUAAAAGUCAAAGAUACAACAAGAAAGAAUAACUGUACCGCCGUAAUGAACACAAGAAGUGCCUCCCGCCGUAGAAAAUACACCAAUAUCGGGAGAACAAAUUCCUACAACUUAAGAAGCAGAACUCCAAGUUUAACAAACAGUCUAUUGCACAGAGAUGAUGAGGUGAUCAUCCUAAAAGACCAUGAAGGAUCCAGCUCCAUAUCUGGUGUAGAUAAGUUGUUGACGGAAUACACUCGACCUGUAUCAUCACCACCAGAAGAAUUGUGUUCAAUAUGUAUGGUCAGCUUGCAGCAGGCUUCUGGUUUAUGUGAAGUUGAGGAAGAAACUGAGGAAAAUACUACUGGGAAUACAUCUAAGUCACAAGACUCUUGUGAUGACGGUGGUGCUGUCCAGUUGGUCCACUGUAACCAUAUCUUCCACUUUGCCUGUGUGAAACAAAUGGUGGAAACCUUUCCUAAGUACUUACGUUGUCCAUACUGCAAGAACAUACAUGGAGUUAGAGAAGGUAAUCAACCUCCAGGCAAAAUGAAAACCAGUAGAAUACGUCGUAGUCUUCCAGGGCAUUCUGACUGUGGCACAAUUAUCAUAGAGUAUAGUUUUCAGAAUGGUACACAAGGACCAGAGCACCCAAAUCCAGGAGAGAUGUACACAGCUUUUGGUUUCCCCCGUAUUGCUUUUCUUCCCGAUAGUUAUAAAGGAAACAAGGUGUUGAAGUUCUUACAAGAGGCAUGGCGACGGCGUCUCAUCUUCACGGUUGGUACAUCCAUGACUACUGGUUUGCACAAUGUGAUCACAUGGAAUGACAUUCACCACAAGACAAACUGCUUGUCCAAUGUUAGUGGUCAUGGCUAUCCUGAUGAGUUUUAUCUAGACAGUGUCCUGAUGGAACUGGAGAAUGCUGGGGUUACUGAUGUAACCACAUAGUGAAGUAAGUGCAGUACCAUAAAUGGUCCACGUAUGUCAGGAAAUAUCACAUUGAUGUAAACGAAUGAUCCUGUGAUGCAAGUGUUUAUGUUUUUUGUCUUGCUGAUGCUGAGUGUGGCAGACAGUGAAAUGUUGAUGUACCUUUUCAAACAUUGGAAGUUUUUGUGAUAGAGGUCUGAUUCUCAAGAAAUUGCCAGUAAGACAUACUAUUGGCCUCAAAUACAGUACGGUACUGUAUUGUAUAAUAUGUUAGGGAAGGUUACUUGGAUUACUUGUGCGUCAGUUAAUAAUCACUCAUUAACUGACACAGAUGCGGUACUGUGUAUAUACAGUAUAUAUCAUUACAAUCAAGCUUACCUUCAAAGAAUUUGCUGAAGCUUCUGCAGAUUCUUCAAAAAUGACCCAGCAAUUUGCAUUCUGAUCUCCAGUGACUCCACUGCAGUGUUAGAAAAGGGAGCUGCUGAGUGUUAUAAAAACCUGUGUGCUUGACUGAACUAGUAGAUUAACCCCUGUGUAUGGGGCUGCCUCUGAGCUGAAUAAAAUCAUCUGACAUUAGCUCAAAAAAAUAUCAAAGGCGGUAUCCUCGUAGCGAAAGAUGAUUUUCAUUUGUGCCUGAUGAUUUGUAAAAUAUUAUACAAACCCAAAGAAAAAAUUAAUCGUGUAUAUUUUGUUGAGCAAUUGUGGUGAAAAAAAAGGAUCCAUGGGCAUAAAUAAGCACUGUAUUAUAAUUUUAUUGAAUAUUCAGGGAAAUAACUUUAUCCCUUCUUUAAAACCAAAUAGAAGUAAUUUGUGUUGAUUUGGCUAUUAUUUACAAAAAGUAUUGCUCAUUUGCGUACAUUUUAGGAAUAAUAUUGUGUGAAAAAAGUGGUGGUUUGUUAUACAAGUAAACACAGAGAACAGUAGAAGAUUUGUAGAUAAAUGGAUAAAUAUUAAGACAGAAGGGGUAAAACAUAGGAAACUCUGAUAGUUUACUUAUUGUAGGAAAUAUGGGCUUGUGUUUCCAAAGCCUCGGUUCAAAGUGUCAAUAGGAGUCUUUAUGCUGUCUCUAUCUACAGCACAACUUGAAAUUACAGUACACCCUGUAUAUAUAUUUACCAUAGCAUCCCCUAGAGAAGUUAAGUUUGUUAACCCCAAAGUUCUUUACAGUAGUACUUUGAAAAGGGUGCUGUCUGGCUUGAACAUGCAUCUUCCUUGAGUAGAUUUAAUAGAGGCCAAAAUUUAUAUGAAUCAAUUGGACCAUAAAAAAAAACCACACACACACAAACCCAAUGAUUUGAUUGGAAUGAACAAACAACUGUCCAUGCCAGAUUCAGAUCACUCAGAUGUGCAAUACAGUGUUGAUAAGAAUAAUGCAGCUCUGAAGCAAAUCCAGCCACCCAUUCUUGCAUUUGGUAUUUCCAGCAUGUGGGGAACACUGACCCAUGUUGAAACAAGGUAUCACCUCACUUUCUUUUAUGCAAUGCAGCCAUUGAUAAACACAAAGUUAUUGGAAUAAAAGACUGGUGUUAUUACGUGUUAGCCAGACCCUUAUAGAUGUGUAUUAGUGAGAUUUGUUGAGUUUUUAGGAAUUGCCACCAAUUGUAAGUCCCGGAUUAGCCCCUUUACAUUAUAUGGCUUGAAGGUGGCAGUGAACUGUGAUGUGGCCAGUCAAAUGAACCAUUGGUGGGAGAAGAGGAAUAUCUGUACUUUAUAUUUUUAUAAUUGUAGUCUUAGAAUUGGUGACUGGUCAGAUAGACACCAGUCCUAAUUGGCCCUGACGUAACCCAACCUAACCAGUAGGAUUAGAACCCAGACUUAGUGGUUCCAGUCCUAAUAGGGCAAAUCCAUAUGGUUAAUUCAGGUCUAUUAGGACUGUGCCCUGUUGGAACUAGAGUCCAUUUAAUGUGCAGCCUUAGUAAUUACAUUAUUCUUUAUAUUGAAAUUUGUUAUUAAAAUUGUCAAACACAAAGCUCUGUGAUAAACUGAUUUAUAUUCUAAAAUGGACAUAAUUUAUACCUGCUAAAACUUGUCUAAUUUUAUGUGCAUAUAUAUUAAUAUACAGUACAGUAUAUAUAUAGUACAGUAUCUAUACUGGUAGUAUGCAUUUAAGUUUAUAACAAAUAAAUUGAGUGAAAAGUGCCACUUCAUAAAGAGUAUUAUUACUAUUGAAACAAUAGUACAGUAUUUUGUAUCCCAAAUAUAUCUUGAUUCAUAAAUAAUGUUGAUCAGUACUGUUGUAAGUAUGAUAGUUUAAGACAUACAAUGACUUAUCACUGUGUAAAGGAUAAAGACUUUAACAUGAAUAUAUCGGAAUUACUUUGUACAGUAUAGUUACAGUAUAAAAGAAUUAUCUGCAUUGUCUCUUACACGAUUAAUUCUUGUGAAGAAAAUUAAUAUUGAUAGUAAAGUUUAUUGGAGAAAAUCAUUGGUUAGAUUUAAGCAAUUUAAUGAAGGUGUAUGGAGAGGCCCGACUCCUUUGUUCAGUAUGCUCAAUUAAAUCGGUUAAAAUUAAGUAAGUAGAUAGACAUUUUUUGCAGCAAUACUGUACUGUACUUAUUUUUCUCUUGAGUUGCUAAUGUACCCAUAUUAUUAAUUUUUUACACAAAGUUUUAUCCUGCAAAAGAAAAUAUAAUAAUCAUUAUUGUUCUCUCAUUUUUGAGUAGAAUGGUCCAAGGAGUACAGGAACAGGAGUGUUGUGCAAAAAAAGUAUCAGGAAAAUGGUAAGACAAUAAACAGAAUUACCCACACAUACUUGCUCAUUUCCUUAUUUAACGAGCUACAGUGGUUUUAUAGUGUAUGGUAGCUGUUGUAAGAAAUAUUUUCUCCAUGACCUCAUAAUUUUACUGAAAAAGAAACGGGUACCGGUAACCAUUUUAAUUAUUAAAUGAAACGAGGUUUGUGGAUAGUACUACCAACCUAUGAUUUAUUUCAUUAGAAAGAGAACACAGUUUCUCGACAUAUUCUGUUUGAUGCAGUUAUGGGAAAGAACACAAUAUGAGAACAUGUGUUACAAGUUUACAAUACCUUGAGUAAAUGCUUAAAGGAGAGAGUUGUUCUGGAUGCUGGCCACCCUUUGCCAGUAUCCUUUAUUUUGUUAUUAACUCAGAACAAAUGAUUGUUGACAGCACACUUUAUGCACAGUGUAAUAGAUCUACCCACAUGUAAUGUACUGUACUUUCGGCCACUGUUGCUAGAAUCAUAGCCAACCUGCUGGCAAAUAAUUAUGAACACAGCCCCUCACAGUUAAGCGUCAGCUCUUAGGCUGUUUGUGGUUCUUGCACCAGCAGUAAUAUCAUUACUAUUAAUAUUGUUUUACACGGUAUAAAGAAAUGAUGCCCUAUAUAGGAGCAACUGAUCCCCCUUCAAGAAACCUUUAACUUGUCUAUUUGCAUAAAAUGAGUGAGAACACUGAUUGCAGAAAACUGUUUCACCCUUACCCCUUGUGUCUGAGGUCAUCUCUGAGCUGAAUAAAAUCAUCUGCUAUUAGUGAAGGGGUUAAAUGGAAGACAGUUACUACUAUCACUUCCCCUUUUUUUCUCAAGGAUUGUGUUAUAACGGACUCAACUUAUGCAAGUGGAAAAGAAGUAAGGGUAAUGGAUAAAUAGACCCACUGUUCUAGAGUUAUACAUUAUCAUUUUAUAAGUGAUGUAUCAACUUUUAAUAUAUAUAACAGGUAAAUUUUAUCAUUAGCCGUAGACCCUCAGUCCCAUUGGUGAGAUUGGAACCUAUUGGAACAGGUCAUUUGAUCAGUCACCCUUACAUGAACACUAAGGUUGAUUAUCUCAAGGUAUAUGACACAAUAACUAGUCAGCCUGCUAAAUGCAAGGAUAUAUACAUUAUUUCUCUUUGAUACAUUCAUUCACAUGUAUGGAAUUAUUUUAUCCACAUUAUACAAGGAAUUCAUCCAUUCACAUAUCCCAGGGACACCAGAAUUAGCUGGCCAUAGACAAGUUGACUUGGUAUAGCAUGUCUAGUAUCCAUCUAAUGUGGUUGGUUUUGAAGUACGAGUAUAAAUAAAUGAAAUAAUAAAACAAGACGAACAUAAUGCUGGGAUAUACUGUAUGUGUGUAGCACUCAGUGAUCCUGUAACAUGAUACACAUAUAGAAGCAUUUAUAUAAUAUUACCGAUGUAUUUACAGAACAUUGUGGAACUCAUUACUUACACAUGAUUACAAAAAAAUAAAAAAUCAUCUUCAUAGCAAAAACAUACAAUAAUUUAUCAACUUAUUCAAUUAGCUGAUACACUUACACAAUACAGGUGACUAAUCCAAUAGUAUUCAAGAAGUUGAUCCUUUAAUUGUACAAUGCAGUCCUUCCACCUGUCAGGUAAAACAUCACUUUGUAAGGUUGUCUGAAGAAGGAACAUCAUCAAACCUUGGUGAUUUUCCUCACUGUCUGGUAAGUUAUUUCCAGUUACGUACUGUACUUGUCAACAUGUAUAUUAUCACCACAUAUAAAAGUUGUAUCUUUAUGUAAUCUGCAUAUAAAUUGGGUGUUAUAACUAAUCAAGGUUUUAACUAAGGCCAGACAUUUUUUAUUUUAUGUUUUAUGACCCCCGCUGACAAAUUUCUGAAAAUAAGAAGAAAAAGGUAUAUUGGUAAUGUAUUGAUUUAUUUAUUUGUAUUAUUAUUUUUUUUACGGUAGUUAGGAUGGUUUAUGUUUAAAGUGUUGAUGGUAUUAUCAAACCAACUUCAGGUAAGCAUCUAUUGAAGCAAAAAGUGCACAAUAGUACUGUAGGUUGAUAUUUAAAUACUUCAUUAUUAAAUAUCUACUACUGUAUAGAGACUCUGGUGAAAGUGUGCGGCUGUGGUUGUAGAGAAACUUUUUAAGAAUGGUCAGCAAAUACUUCUUAAAUUUUAAGUACAGGUUAUAAAAUAUUUUAAAAGGAAUCCAAUUGAAAUUAAAUUUAAAGAAAUUUAAGAUUUUUUAAAUUUUGUCGGGAUAAUUUAUUGUCGUAAUACUGAUGUUUUACAUCAUGGGACGUUCUUUCCCUUUUUUUAGUUAUCAUUUUAAUGAAUAUUUAUUAAAUAUUUACAGUACAUGUACUGUACAUUAAUGAAAUUAAUGUUUCAAUGUGUUAAUCUAAUAGUCUACAUUUGAUAACAGAAAUUAUCAAUUUUAUAUGGCAGGCAGUACUAUCAUAAAACACCUACAAUAAAAUAGAUUUCAUGUCAAAUUUAUAGAUUCACCACAGAUUGUUUCCAUUUUUAUUUCUAAUCAGAUCCCGUUAGACUUGGAAAAUAAAAUUCUGUAAACAUAAAAUAAAAAUGUUUAACCUAAUGUAUAUAUAAAAAAAAUGCUUAAAAUAGGAUUCAGAUGAUAACAUUAUGACUUAUUUUAUUCUUUUACAGUACAGUACUGCCCCCACCAUGCCAGAGGUGAACAGCAGGGGACAUAGACAUACUACUGUGUCCAUCUGUUCAGGAAUUUAUGAACACGAUAGAUUGAAUUAAUAGAAAUGGAUUUUAGUGAAACUUG